UCUAAUCACAACCUCCUGUGAAAUAGUCCUGCUGCCAGAUCUGAGCUGCUUUCUAAGUGUAGCAGUGACGGGUUUGUAAUUUGAGAGCAGGAGCAGGGGGAUCAUUAGUCUAACCCUCGUGCUGUCUCGGAGAACCAGAUGUGCAGACACUCAGAGUGAGCAAGGACUGCUCGCGGAGCAGAUCAUCUCAGCUCGGAUGAAUUCUCACUGCAGCGUGUAGGCACCAAGUCCAACUCUAUUAAGGAGCGAUUUUAACAGGAAAUUUGCCCACAAGAAGCGGCUCGGGUUUGUACACGUGCUUUCAGAUCAGAUCGUAAUCGCAGGGUGUCUGGAUUGAUGCUCUGACUGUCAGAAUGUUUGUCAUAGCAGAAGAAAACCAGGCUGCGAUCAAACCCUAAAGGAAACUCGAUGGACGUUUUUGUGAAUUGAAAAAUGAUGCUGUCUCUUGAAUUCCUCGCGGCAGUUUGUCUGGUUUAUCUCCGCCUUGGAGCGGCGUAUUUAGGUCCGCUCUACCCGGAGAUGUCCAAUGGCACCUUUCAUCACUACUUCGUACCGGACGGCUACUACGAGGAAAACGACGACCCUGAGCAAUGCCAGAUGCUCUUCCGGGUGAAGGAUGAGACCCGGUGCUUGCUGGAGGAAGACAAUGACGCAGUGAUCCGCGACGACUUCACCAUCCUCAAGCGUCACGUGGAGGACGCGGCGCGCGUCCUGGAGGGCAUUGGCCGGAGCGUGGCCCUUGACCUGGAUGGCGAGCAGAGCUAUGGAGAGUUCCUGCGUCGCGAGAGCGUCCAGAUCGGUGAGGCCUUCGCCAGCUCAGAGAAUUCACUGCUUGAGCUUGAGGUGAAGUUCAAGCAGAGCCAGGAACAGGACCUGCGUGACGAGCACCGCAUCAGCGACGACUUCCUCGCCAUGGUGGCGCACACGCGCGACGUGACGCGCGACACGCUGGACGUGGCACUCGCACUCAAGGACAAGCACGAGCUGCUGUCGCUCAUCAUCCGGAGCCACGGCACGCGCUUGAGUCGCCUCAAGAACGAGUACCUGAAGGUCUGAAGGUGUGAAGGCAGAGUCCAUUACUUGGGCAUUUUGGCUAACACAAUGCAGCUAUUUUGUGCAAUAAAAUAAAAGAAGGCAGUUUGCAUUCAGAGUAUAGAUGAGCUGCAGCAGACUGGACAGGAUUCAACCAACCUUCUUGUCUAUCUAUUGAAGGAUCAUAUAACACUCAGGCAUUGUGACAAUAAAUAGAACCAGGGUUUAAACACCUGUUCCAUCAUUUAGUUGAUGUCCAGGUAUUUAUAUGCACCAAUGAUAAUAAUGUUGGGUUUUUUUUCCCUUUUGCUAGUACUUGUCCAAGUGAUUUUAGUGAUUACUUGAAUUCUGCAAAAAACAAAAUUGAAGAUUAAUAGGUUUUUUUAUUGUUGUUGUUGUACAUUGCACAUCUUAUCUCAAAUUCAUAUUCAUAUUUAGUUCCUCAACAUGCCCACAUAAGUCUCCCGGUGUUCAACUCUCACCUGAGGUGUUCACUCAUCCUGACCGCUGUAGGUGUUGAUGAAGCACUGAGGACUUUUGCUGUGUACUUGCAACAGUUAAACAUGCUGACUAACCUCCUGAAAUACACACUGCUUAAAUAUAUUGUGUAAAAUAGCGUAUUAUUAUUAUUAUAAGGAGGAGAGAAUAUAUUUGUAAAAGCUUUUGUUCCAAGGGAAACUUUUAAAUGUUAAUACGAGCUUUGAAAAUGUUAAACUGUGAGUGUCUAUAUUUCUCAUACAAGAGCAGGCUACAUUGUAAGGUAUUCAUGUCAGCAGUUUUUGCAGUAUGAAUAUAUUUGUGCAAUUAUUAAUAGAACAAAAAAAAAAAAAAAAGACGGAGAUGACAUAUCCUCUGAACAACCAAGAUAACUGCGGGCAGGAAUAUUGGACUUCAAAGCUUCUACUAUGUGUAGUUGCAUUCCUGAAUUAGCUGUUUAUUCCACUUUGUAAUAAAAAAAAAAUCUUUCAA